GGUCAUUCGCUCGCGAAAAGCGCGCGUAACUGUGGGACUGUUGACUGGACAUGGCGUCGACUAGCAAACGUCGUAGAGUCCGAAAGUCCGCAAAAGAAGAACGCACGGUGAAACAACGCAAGACAGAGCAAGUAGAAUUGUCGCUUUCAGAUGUGACCUGUCCCAUAUGCUUGUCAGUGGAGGUUGAACCAGUGACACUUCCGUGCCAGCAUGAAUUCUGCUUGCCUUGUUUUACGGACACUAUCUUCAAGGCAAACAAACAGUGCCCACUGUGUCGCAUGCGAAUUGGUGCGUGGACUAGAACGGCGACGAAAGAAUGCACUUUAGUGAACAAAAAUCGAUGGGACGACAUCAGGCGUAUUUUUCCCGACGAGGUGAGACGACGUCUGAGCGGCGAAGACGACGACAUAUCGAACGAAUAUGUUCCCCCAAUCCCGAAAGUGGUUUCUUCUCCUGGAGCAAUCAGGCAGGAAUAUGAGGAGCAGAUGCGACAACUUGCUGAUGAGCUGGCACGGGAGAACAGAGCUGGUGAAGAACUGGCACGGAAAAUUGCGGAAGAAGAACGACAGGCUCUUGAGGAACAGAGGAGACUAGAAGAGAAUGACGAACACUUGGCUUGGAAUAUUGCGCAUGAAGAUACAUCCUCACAGUCCCUUUGUUUGUGUCCAGAUGAUGGCGUCGUAAUCAAGAAAGGAUUCCCGGUGCAAUCCCACGGGGACGAGAGCAAAGACAGCAUCGGCCCAGAGCAGAGCUACUUCAUCCCCAUCUGCGUUGCUCCAAAGACUCCCGUGACAACGACCGUGUUAGCCCCGGCUGCCAGAGCUCCGGAUUGCGCCCAGUAUCUGCCAAAUUUUAGAGACAAAGCAUGUUUCUCGAAGUCACAACUCGCUGCUACUUCGGAAGCUGUGACAAACGAAGUCACAGCAGAGCCUCCUCUGGAGCAGACACAAAUCGAGGAUCAGCAAGCGGAUGAGGGCGUGCGCCAGAGGCAGCUCGAAGAAGACUUCAAACUUGCCAAGAAGAUCCACAGUCAACUACUAAGUCAGGAACGGCGUCAUAGGACCAGGGAAGACUAUCAGCUACGCUCGAGGACCAGGGUCAUGGAACUUCGACGGCAUGCUCCGAGAAAAUUAAGAUGGCGGAGAACAAAGUGAACUUUUUUGCAUUGCAUUUUAGACGUUUGCUGACAGUGCUGUUGCUCAUUUGCGACAGUUUGACAGGAAAUUUCUCUUCACUUUGAAUUAAUUUAGUAAUUUACAGAAAUUAGCAGAGACCUAAAUUCUGGUCUGCAAUGUUUUUGCCAACUCCCUCCCUUUUUUUUUUGUUCCUGUUCUGUGCAUUCAUUACGUUGUUUGCAUUUUACUGCUGCAGAUAUGGGAAUCACGUCUAGCCUGCGAGUUGUGAUUGGCAGUUAGAAUCACAACCAUUGCGUUUCUCAGGCCACUUUUGAUCGCUCAAGCUACCUGUAGUUUGACGUUGCGCUACCAGCCUAAUUACAAGACGCUGACAAAAAGAUCCCAGAAGAUUAUUUACGCAGUGCUACACUUGUUACUAUACUUGUAACUAUUACUUGUUGGUCAUUUGCUGAUCUUGUAUGAUUUGAGCUAAAACUCGCACAAAAAUUCACAGUUGCACUUGAACAAUUUCUGUAUAUUGCUCAUGAGGCUCAACUGCAAACUGUCAGCUGAAAUUGUCGCUGUACCUAUUGUACCAGCCGAUUAACUAUUGCACAAACCUGAGCUCAAUGAAGCAGUUCAGCAACAGUUUUCUAUGUUGGGUUCCCUUCCCUUUCUGCUCCUUUCUUUCUUUCUUUUUUUUUGUGUGUGUGUGUAGUAUUGUCUUAACAUUUAUGUUUGGCUUGUUGAAACAGCCAUGUAAAGUAAUCAUGACAUGACAGAAGGCUGUUUAUGUUUCAUUUUGUGUUUCCAUUCAAUGCAACGGUGUUCAUGGGUGGGUAUUAGUCUUUUCUGUGCCGUGCAUUUUGAACAAAACUGGUGAAGUAUAGUGUUAUUGCAGUGUGAUAUGAUCACAAAAUAAAUAUGCUACUAUGUGCAGAGUGCGCGUGUCACAAAA